GAAGGAGCUGCGAUUGAACAGGCCGCCGCCGCCGACCGCCACAAUGACGAGCUGACCUUUUGACAGCUGAAGGCACGAUUGGUAAGCCGACUCGCCGGAUGAGGGGUUGACUAAUCCAUGCGGUGGACCUUUAUUAAAACGCCAGCCCACGCUCCGUGUGUGCCGCUUGCGUCCCUUAUCUUCUCUCCAACUUUUUCUGUCUACAACACGCUUUUUCCAUUUACAUUCUACUAAACCAUGGGCGGCGACGACUUCCACAAGGGCGUAAAGGAGUCCAGCAACAAGCUUGACGGCGGCAACCUAAAGAUUCUCAUCGUGCACACGCGGUGGAACUCGGAGAUCGUCAACCCGCUGGUGGACGGAGCCAAGACGUCGCUGGCCAAGUACGGCGUCAAGUCCGAGAACAUCGUCGUGCGCGAUGUCCCUGGCGCCUACGAGCUUCCAGGUGCCGCCAUGAAGCUGAUCCGCCAGUCGCAGCAAGAGUCGACCAACCUCGUCAGCAGCAUCGUCGACGAUCUUCUCUCGACGCAGACGCCCUCAAGCCAGACUGCAGCCGAGAGCGCCAAGAGCGGACCGUUUGAUGCGGUUAUCUGCAUUGGCGUCCUGAUCAAGGGCAGCACGAUGCACUUUGAGUACAUUGCCGACGCCGUGAGCCAUGGGAUCAUGCGCGUGGGGCUUGACACCGGCGUGCCGGCGGUGUUUGGCGUGCUGACGUGUCUGACUGAUGAGCAGGCGAUGCAGCGGGCAGGAACCGGCAGGGGCGAGGACAAGGGGCACAACCACGGUCUUGACUGGGGAACGGCGGCCGUCGAGAUGGCCCUGCUCAAGCUUUAGGUCGCUUCUGCCGACGCCUGCCAUUUUUCUUAAAACUUCCAGCCUUGAGCAUUUCAGAAACAACAACAGGAGCCUUUCUGC